CACCACACCAGUAUUUUAAAUGCCUUGUACAUGUUACGGAGUUUAGGUUUAUACCAUUAAACUGAAACUAAAACACUUUGCAAAAUGGAUAUACAUGUACUUGUGUUUGUUGCGUUCGUCUCUGUCUGUUUUCGACCAGCUUUGGGUUCCAGCAAUAAUUCUGAAGAUCAAAUUGCGCUGAUGAACACCACAGAGACGAUUUCUUUUCAAUCAGACAUUUCUGUGACUCUAUCCAGGAACUGCACAGUGAUACCAGUGUCUGAUAUGUUACGACAUGAUAUCAAAGAACUCCUAGACGCCGGAACUAAACUUAUAAUAUUCGAUCUGGAAUUUCGCAAUCAUUCCGGAACACUUCGAGGAGAAACGGAGUCAGAUAUUUACAAAAUAUUUCAAUGGGAAAGAAGUACAGGUCGGCAUGGUCAAGGCUUGUUGUUUUUAAAGACGGGUUUCGAAAUUCUUUCACUUUCGACUUUAACAUAUGGCACUGAGAACAUGCGUGUCGAACUAAGGGAAGAACCAGAAGGGUGUUUAUUGCGGAGAAAUAUACACGACAUCGAGAAGGGACUUCGACAAAUCUUAUUGAAUGAUUUCAAAGAAAUUUCGCCUGAUGGAAGUGGCGGAAGUCUUGAUGACAAUGAACACAUCUGCAACAUGCACAUUAGAAACGAGAACAACAGAGCAGUGUUUUACCACGUUUGUUGCACAAAAUCUUCAAAAGGCGGUAUCGUUUGCCAGGAAUUGGUAAAAGACUUGUACGUCAAAAUUCUGUUUUUUUGCAUAUACUUUAUGAAUAUGCUUGCAAUUAUGUUCUGUCCUUAUCUCAUACCUAAGUCUUGGUAUCAGGAAAAGUAUAAAAUGUUGAAGUACGAACUUAAUUGUGAGAAACAAAUCCGGGUGAUGAAAACUUGCCUUAAGAAUCUCGAUACAACAGAGGACAACAUCGUGAAUAUAAAUGAAAUAUCUUCGAUGAAUGGGUUUAUGCAGCAACUGGAUGAAAUGGAGGAGGAUGCUGUUUAUUCACUUCAUCUUUCCAAGAUUCACUUCAGCGUGAAGCUUGAUCGUCUGAUACCUCCAAAUGAUGUUCCAGUCGGUAUUAUAAGAUCCAUCUAUGAUUCCUUCUUUCGUUGUCAAAUUAGAGAAAGAGAUUCUUUAAACGAAUGUUGUACCCGUAGUAUAUUCGAACCUUUUAAGGGAACCCCAAUUUUCAGACAAUUGAAGUGGUAUCACUGCUUACAAAGAGUCAUGUUCAUCGUGUCUUGCUGUUUGGUCAUCAUUCCGUGGAUAUUAAGAAUCGCCAUUUUCUAUCGGUAUGAAGACAAUGAAUAUGAUGAUAGGGAUGACGCUGCACAAGACCGGAAGUUGGAAGUGCACUACGCAUUUUUUCCGGGAAGCAUGGCGAGCUUUUUAACACCAGUGCAUGCUAUUUUCGUCGUCUGCUACUCUGUGCUUGUAGUAGACGCUAUUCUGUUUGGAAUUCUAGAAUUCAUAACAUCUGAAGUGAAAAGCAACAUUGAAAUAGUUUUACGGAAGUGCUUCCGAGACAUGAAAGAGUCCUCUUAUUCGAGAUAUUUUGGAUGGGCAAUAAGAACUUUGCUUUACCCUUUCAAGGAGUAUGGAAUUCUUGCCCUUUUCGUCAUUGGAAUAUACUGGCUAUUUGUUUUACCAGUUGUUAUCAUAGUCAUGGCAUUUUAUUGCAUACCUACACUCAACAUUGCAGUACGUUUAUUGUGCCAUUUGAUAAUUGUAAUUUUUCCAGACUUUAAAUUCGUAACCAAAUUAAAACAACAAGUUGGAGUAGUUGGCCUUCUCCGAAAAGAAACUGUUGCACGCCUGUCUACCAAAUCCAGUCACCGAUUCCGUGUCAUUCAGUUUAUUGCCAUUUUGUUGAGCUUACUUGCUUUGCUCUCCUGUGUAAUUUUGGCAGUAGAAGUCAUCGUAUUUUUUGUUGAAAUCGUAGUAUACACGUUGAUUGGCGUCAUCCUGAAUGCUUCUCAAACAUUGAAAUACGUAUCCUUACUUUUCAUGCUAACCUUGUACGCUCGAGAUUGUUUUGGGAGCGUGACGCGGAAGUACCAAGCUUUCAACCAAGCCAUAAAUAAAGCACUUCUUGGAAGGGUAAAAGACGAGGUCGACAAAGUGGCCUGGCAGACUGCUGACAUGCAGCCGAACACCGCCUUUCAGAUAAGUGUUGAUGAUCAUGAAAAUAAAACCGUGGCAAAAAAUAUUUUCGCUCAUAUGUGUAAUGGAGUUCUUAAAUGGAGUAUUCCUCGCGUUCUGUUAUUUCUAGAUAAUCAUGAUAAACCAUAUAUCACGAGGACUUUCUUUUUUAAGGCUGCUCACCUUAAUCAUGUGGGCUGCCCCGGAAGUCUCUAUAAAAACCUGCUGUGUGCUUUGCGUCAGUUUCUGGUGAUUAUUUUGUUUCUUUUAUUCGUCGUUGUUGUUGUCAUGGCGUUUGGAAAUGAAUAUUCGGUUUCUGGUGUCAAUCAAAUGCUGGCAACACUUGCCGGGGGAUUUUUACCAUGGGUCUUCCGGAACGUUCUUUUUAAGCCUCCCGCUGACAUCGAAGUUGACAUAAAUAGUCUGAGUUUCCGGAAUCUUUUUGAUGACAUCAUAAGAGAGCAUAGACAAAACUGGCCAGUGGCUGAUAUCGUCCCAAUUUCAAAGCAACCUGAAAGUCAGGGUAUUGAAAUGAGAGCAAAUUCUCAUCCAUCAGAUCGCAUGGACCCAGGAAGUGUUACUAUGCUGAAUGGAAACUUCUUCUGCGAGAAGAAAAAAGACGUGUUGAUUGUAAAUAUUUCUAACAAAGUUAUAAAAGGGAACGAAAUGACGGAUGUAUAGCGAAUAGUCAUGUUUACUUGUAAGAAGUUGUGACAAUGUCUGUGUAUUGAAAGGGAGUGAUAAAACGUACAUUAUUUUGUAUUUAUGCUUGAAUUUACGGAGUGGCAGUAAAUGCAAAAUUUACAAUAUCAAAAAUUAUCACUAUGGCAGUUUGUCUAAGAAGUCUUCAACUUAGAUAAUAAUGUACUUUCUUAAUUAUUAUUUUUUUUCUUAUUUGU